ACUGUAGGUCCAAGUAGUAUUGCCUCAACAAUUUUUUAUACUCAUUUUACUUUCUUCUUUCUCUGUAGCCAUGGCAGUCAGACAUGACAUGUGUGUCGGCCUUAACAAGGGUCACAAAACAACCAAAAAUGUUAACUCUAGAAAGGGUGUAAAGAAGGGGAAUCCCCGAAAGCAUGUGAAGUUUGUACGCGACUUGAUCCGAGAAGUCGUUGGUUUUGCACCAUAUGAGAAGCGUUGUAUGGAGUUGUUGAGGAUAAGCAAGGAUAAACGUGCUCUGAAGUUCUGCAAAAAGAGGUUGGGAAGUCUUGUCCGAGGAAGACGGAAGCGAGAAGAAAUCCAAGGAGUUCUGGCUGCACAGAGGAAAGCACAACAAACAAAAGCUGAUGUAAAAUAAACAGUUUCUCUAUAAAUUAUUCAAACACAAUUUUUCUGCAAAAUAUCCAUGAACUUUAAAACCGCAUCUUGGAGCUAGUUUUAUUCUACUUGUUUGUGUUUAUCUGCCAACAACUAUCAUUAUAUAUCAAUCAUAUGAUGACUAUUAAACACAUGAAACUGAUUUA